GCAUCUGUUGUUUACAUCGGCUGAUCGUGCUGAUAACCCUGAAGCAGUUUUUUGACUUUUUUGCUCUUUUCACCUUUAAUUCCCGUGUACCAUUUAUUCCGAUCUUCCAAUCAAUUUUUUGUGAAAAUAUACGCACUUCGCUCGAUGAUUGUGUGAUAUUUAUCAACACGUACCCGUACAUUUCGUGUCAUCUUUCGACAUCGUGCAACUGUGUGUGGCCGUAGGUCACUCGUUCAUUCGCUGAUUCAUUAUACUCAUUCGAUCAGAAUCAGCGUUUUUUAUUACUAUAGUUUAAAAUACUUGAUCAACAAAGUUGCUCCAGCCAAGCAUUCAUUAAUAUGUCAGAAUCAAAGUCAAGAAAAGAAAAGAAUGGUAUGAGUGCCAAAAAAUUUUUCCGCAGUUUGCUGUUUCACUUCUUACUGUUUCUGAGGAUUGCCUAUGACUGGGUUGUUGAUUUUAUCAUCAGUUUCAUCUAUGAUGACUCUAAAGUGAAGAAGAUUCCUCCGGUGAAAGAAAGUUUUCUGUUGGAUAGCGCAGUCACUUUAGCAGCAAAAAUCAGGAAGAAAGAGAUCUCAUCAGAAGAAGUUGUAAGUGCCUUCAUUGAGCGGAUUAAAGAAGUCAAUAAUGUGCUGAAUGCUGUUGUAGACAACCGGUUUGAAGAGGCCAUCCAAGAAGCCAAGGAUGUUGAUGCUUUUCUCAGAUCCACUUCGUUGUCUGUCGACCAACUUGAAAAAGAAAAGCCAUUUUUAGGUGUACCCUUCUCGAACAAAGAGAGCACUGCUGGGAAAGGCCUAAGCUUUUCCUUCGGGCUGAAUUCAAGACGAGGUGUAAAAGCAACAGAAGAUGCAGACAUUGUGGCAAAAUGCAAAAAUGCCGGUGCCAUUCUCCUCUGUGCAACAAAUGUACCUGAGCUUAACUUAUGGACAGAAACGCGCAACAACAUAUAUGGCAUGACAGUGAAUCCAUACAACACCAGUCGGAUCGUUGGAGGAUCUAGCGGUGGUGAAGCAUCAAUCGUUUCAGCAUGCGGCUCCCCAAUUGGUCUGGGAACAGAUAUUGGUGGUUCCUGCAGAAUGCCUGCCUUUUACUGUGGUAUAUUUUCUCAUAAACCCACCACUGGACUUAUCAGUACCAAGGGAAUGACCUUCCGUAAAGGUGAGCCUGAUAGAACAAUGGUUUGCGCUGGCCCGAUGGUAAAACAUGCAGAAGACCUUGCUCCUCUCACAAAAAUUCUAUUCCAUACCGAAACGGAGGAAGUCGCUGCUGCGGCCAAACGGUUGCAGUUAGACAAGACUGUGGAUGUGAAGGAUAUUAAGUUUUAUUAUGUUGAGGAGCCACUAGAUCCUAGAAUUAGUCCUGUAAGCUCUGAGGUGAAAGCAGCCAUUAAAAAAGCCGUUGACUACGUAUCGGAAGCAACCGGAAGGCCAGCAGUCAAAAUCCAGCUAUCAGGCUUCCGACAUUGUUUCACAUUGUGGCGGUACUGGAUGACCAAGGAAGGAGAAAGAUUCGCCAGUCUUCUUGGAAAUAAUGAGAGAGUCGUAGAUGUCCGCACCGAGUUCGCGAAGACUCUAAUUGGAAAAUCAGAGUUCACUUUUCCACCUAUAAUGAAAUUAAUCGAUGACACAUACAUGCCAAAAGUGCCAGCACAAUGGGCAGAGGAAGCCACCGAAAAAUUGAAAGCUGAACUUUCGGAAAUUCUAGGUGAUGAUGGUGUAUUGAUUUUCCCAUCUGCUCCGCACACUGCAGGCCUUCACUACACACCAUUCUUCAGACCCUAUAAUUUUGGUUAUUGGGCUAUUUUCAAUGUUCUCGAGGUGCCUGUGACGCAAGUACCCAUGGGUCUAACUGCAAAAGGCCUUCCUGUUGGUUUUCAGGUUGCAGCCACUAAGUUCAAUGACCAUCUGACAAUUUCAGUUGCCAAAGCUUUGGAACAGCAAUUUGGAGGCUAUGUUCCACCCUUCAGCUCCUAAAAAGAAUAAUUCGUUCUAUUUCGUCGCAAUUUUUAUUUUAUCGGUACAAAUAGCAUUCAAUUUAAUUGGUAUCUUUAUUUUAAGACAGGGUAACGGUGCUGUGAAAUUCAUUUCCCAAAAUUAUCUUUUAUAUUUCUUUUAGUUAUCAGUCUAUUGUUAUUUUGGUGUUGUUAAAUUUGCAUUUUUUGGUUUUGAAAUUACGUUUAAGAAUUUGAGUACUGAACAUGACAAAUAUUAAUUAAGUUUUGUUUCAUGUUAUGAAAGCCCUUCAAUAAUUUUGAGAUGGCCUAGGAUAUUAUUUUAGGAGUAUCUAACUCAAGUCAAUUUUUGAUCGUUUUUGAGUUUCACCUCGUCUUCGAAAAUUUACAGCAGUCAGGAGUGUUUUCCUCAAAAGCAUAUAAACAAAUUUCAAGGUCAAAGUAUCUGAUACUCAGGGAAGUAUUUCAGUCUGUUAAAGCUCCGCUGUUUGAUUGCAAGUGGCAUCAAUCAAAAAAAUCUUUGGAAGAAAGUUCUGCUUUACAAAUUUCUACUUUUGCUCAUACUUUUCAAAGAUAUGCUUAAGUGAAACUCAAUUACUUGUCAUAAAUUGGAAUUAAUGUACCGUAUCAAUGCCUGAAGUUGAAAAUGCGUAUCUCUAUCGCAGCAUUCAAUUAAUUUUCAUAUCUUAAUUUUUUUAAAGGUAACUAAGCAGCUAAAAUAGUUCCCCGAAAAUUUUUGAAAAUAUUUUUAAAUGACAGAAGAAAAUUUACAAAGAAGCUCUUCAGAAAAUUUUGCUUUCGAUUUCUUUUUAAGUACUAAAAGAAAAGCAGAGGUUUGCAAUGUCAAAAUCAGAGAUACGCGGUUUUUAUUGCAGUCAUUGAUGAGUAUUUUGUACAAAUGUCUUGAUCUUGAAAGUGAAUUGAAGUGGCAAAUUGUUUAAAGGUUUUACAGAAAAAAAUUCGGUCUAAAAGUUUGCUCAAUUUUGGUGAUUCGCUCAUUUUAGGUCUAAAUAACAAAGCGGUAAAUAUUGCAUCAACGAGUUGUUGAAAUAUUAAUCAGUCUUAUUUUACUGACUGAGGCCUAGUUCUAUUACCUCUUGUUAAAGCCUCAGCCUCUCAUUCCAAUUUAAAAUUAGUACCUGUUAAAAUUUAACUGGAGGUUAAGACUUCUCGGAGCUGAUAAUGUUACAUGGACCCUAAAAUAUUCAGGGUUAUUGAAAAGUCAUGCACCACUGGCCAUAACUUCAGUUCUGAUUACGAUAUCGACUUGCGGUUUGUGGCGUCCUUCCUCAUAUCGAGGGGGAAACUUUUUGAGGUACUUUCCAGUUCUUUAACCCCCCCCCUAGGGGGGGGGAGGGCGGGGGGCAACUCAAAAAUUUCAGAUGGCCACCCCUCUCAUGGCCAGUGGUGCGUGACUUUUAAAUAACUUUGUAUAAUACAAACCCAAUUUACUCAAAAAAAUAACGUUAAAUUGUGUUAAUAAGAGGUUCUUAACCGGAGGUGGUAGAACCGGUUCUGAAAGGAACGUCUUCACUUCACAACUUGAUUAACCCAUCAAGGUCGCUCAGCACUAAGCUGGCAGAAAUUCAAUUAUUUACUCACAAUAAUCAUUGUUCCUAAUAAUUCUCUAUUUAUGUAAGACUGUCUCUUCCUAGUAUUCUCAUCUUAAUUGUUUGCUUGAAUAAGUUUCAUUAAGUAUUUUUAGCCUAGGCUGUAUCAUUAUUUUUGCUACCAAUAUCUGUUCCCAUAAGUGUAACAAAAAUCGAACAGCUCUUCCUUUUACUAGUUGCCAUAGUGCAUGAAUUAGCGCUCAAACUAAAGAGUAAAAUUGGAUUAAAUUGUCUGCAAGGAACCUCUAUUUCUGGCUCAUCUAUAUAAGCACUUAUCUGGAAAGGUAAAUUAAUGGCACAUACAUUGUUUUUUAAAUGCGCCAGAAAUAGUUGUUCUAACCACGAUGAAUUAGGAAAUUUCACCUUUUUUAGUUCUGUGAUGUUACUGAUUGUGAGUUGUUUAAGUCCCCUCUGUCUUUCUUGAUUCGUCAGUUACAAUCCACCUGUGAAGCCAUUGUUGGCCUCAUCUGACGAGUAGAACCUCUGGUUACUUGCAUUCCCAUUUCCAUUUUACAAGCUAAUACUUUUUAGUGUGUCUAACUGAGAUUACUAAAGCAUGCAUAUUUUACUGUUGAGUAAGUUUAAUAUUAUGUUCGUACUUAUUGAUUGGAUUAACAGUUUAUAGGCAAUCAUCUCCAUUAUAGUGCAAUUUGGUUUGUAGGCAAUAAACUGCUGUUUUAUAUUCUUAAAA